AUGGCGCAGGCGCUCUCGGGGUCGGUGGCGGCCUCCCGCGUGGCGAGGGGGCCCGAGCGGGCGUCGGCGGAGGUCGAGGUGCGGCUGCUCGUGGGCAUCGGGCCGGGGCCCGGGGACGACCUCGUGGGCCCAUCUCCCGGGGGCGGAGAAGCCUGGAGGGAGUCGGAUGUGCUGGGCGCGCCUCUGGCGGUCUUCGCGGGGGCGCCGCCCGGGACGGCGCUGCGGUUCGCGCUCGAGGCGGCCGGGGAGCGCCGCGUCUUCUUCCACAACUUCUCAUUCGCUGGCGGCUUCGCGGGCGCGCGCGCGUUGCUGCCCGCGGCGGCCGACGCCGCCACGGACCACGACGCGUUGGAGGUGCGGCUCGAGCUGCUGGGGCAGGACCGGGCGCGGGCGCCCGCCUCGGCGACGAGUGCCUGGCGGAUGUGCUGCCAGCCGUGUAGCGCGCCCCUGCCCGCGGCGACCGGCCGCCCUGCCGCGCGCCGCGGCGGGCCAGCAGAGCGGGGCGAACACUGGGAGCCCUAG